UGGUGAUCCAUCUGGCACAUAGACCCGACGAGCACUGCGACCUGUGAGUAUCACCGCCAAUGUCCCGCAGAGACCCAAAGCACGGGUGUCUCCGGAUCGCUCCGGAAGCGGCAGGAUUCAUUCGGGGCCAUCGAGAGCCGCGCGAGGUUUUUCUUGAGAGUGACCCACGCCCCAAACCCCCUGCUUGAUCUUGAUUUCGCCCUUGGUCUUGAUCUUGAUCUCGCUCGUGGCCCUGAUCUUGCCAGGGCCUGCACCCCGACCAGCGACUGUAAACAAGGGACAAGUGUCAAUCGAGGCAGCAUCCAUGCCGCUUCCAUCGCCGCUUCCAUCGCCGCUGCCAUCUGGAGCACACCCAGUCCGGCCCUCGUCCUUCCCGUCUGGCCAAGAUCCUGCCUUCUCAACGAACAGCCGACGCUCUUCUGUCAACAUCAAUCCUCCAACCCCACAGAAUCCUAACCCGGUUCACCGUCCUUCCCAACCAUGGAUGCAUCCGCGAGACGAGCACAUGCAUUCGCACAGCCCAUACCAGCAACAACACCAUCCAGCACCAUACCACCAUCCAGGGCCAUACCACCAUCCAGGGCCAUAUUACCAUCCAGGGCCAUAUUAUCAUCCAGCACCAUAUUAUCAUCCAGGGCCACACCAUCACUGGCCACUCCCUCAUCCGGCUCAGUUCGCCGGGCGGCCACCACCUGGAUACCACCCCGGCUCACACCCUCCACCACACAGUCCUCCCAGCAGCGACGCUCGCCUUCAAGACCACCCAGCGACACAUGCACACCAUCCUCCUCUAUCUGCACACCACCCUCCUGCUUAUCGAUACGCUCCCUCCCCUCCGGUCCAAAGCCGCCCACUGCAACACUCCCGUGGCAGCACCUCAGGCUCGGCUGGUCCUGAACACCCAGCACCGCAAACUUCGUCCCAGGAAUACAUCCUUCCUCAAGAGCCUCCCGCUCCGGGAUACACCGUGUGCCGAUGCAACCACUGUCGAAACUAUCCUGGUGGUGGCAUGUACGUGAGCAGGACGACGUAUUACCACCACAGCAAGGAGCAUGGGUAUCCUCCAGGCGAGUGUCCCAUCGUCCCGUACAAAACCAAACCCCAGCGCAAAUCCGCAACCACGAGCAAGCCAUCCAAAUCGCAGGCAGGCACAUCGCAACCAAGCAAAUCGCAAGCAGGCACAUCACAGCCAAGUACUACGCAACCAAGUGCUACGCAGCCAUCUGAAUUACAAGCACCCGAAGCACAGCCAAGUACUUCCCUGCCGUCGACACGCAACGGCCCCGUCGUCACAACAAGCACAUCUCUUGGGAAGCGGACGAGGGACCAAGCCGAGCAUCCAAAGCGUACCCGCCCAGCACCCAAGCAGCCGUCCCGCAGCCGUGCACAGGUCGUGCGUACUGCUUCGAAUGCCGCUGGACCAGAGAACCCACGGCGUGUCUUGGUCCCCUUGGUGGAUAAUCAGGUGGUGGAAGGAGCACCACUGCGUUCUCAGUCGGCCGUGGGUGCGGCCCGCCUCAAGGAUGACAUUCAUGCGCCCGGCAGCCAGGAUGCACGAUACGACAGCAUCAUUGAGUCCGACAGCGAUGACGAAAGCGAGGGCUUCUUUGACGAUCUCUUUUUGGAGGAUCUGUGGCUGCUUGCCCAAUCCAUCACCCUCCCGACCUCGCCCAAGAGACGCCGCGUUCGCCGGCGCCGCUGACAUGGAGCCAACGGAAGCAACAGCGACAUUGCUCCGCCGGAUGGAAAUCAUAUCUGGGCUGUGCUGGAACCGAUGUCGAGAUGCAGUCCUCUCGGACGACCAAGCCGACAAUGUCGCUGGUGGCAACAACGUGGUCCCAGCUGGACAGGCAUCAUCUCACGGCCGAAUCGCUGGUGCAGAUCCGUCGUUUGCCAAUCUCAAUCGAAUCCAUCUCACUGCCCAAAACAUGUCUGCAAAUGGGCUUGGCUUGUCUCGCUGGGUUGGGAAUCCGGGGAGAUGAGCGGAUGCAUCCGAGAGUAGUCUUCGCCUGUGGCUCUGCGAGGCACCGGGCUGGCAAGUGCAUAUGACAAUCAUGUGCGACACAUGCUCUCGCGCCUGUGCCAACUUCCUGAUGCUGGGGCAAAAAAAGGUUUCCCGCCA